AUGGACGACCCCUCGGAGGAGCUGAAGGCUGCCAAGGCUGAGAGGGAAGCGAGGUUCCGGGCCACUACAGCGGAGCCUGUGCUGGCGCCGGCGGCGGACCUGGCGGAGAUCAAGAGAAAGAGGCAGGAGGAAGCACGCGCUGCUGAGGAGAAAGCUUUAAAGGAGGAAGCAAAACGUGAGGCGGAACGCAAGGCACAGGCUGAGCGUGAAGCGGCAGAAAAAAAGCAGGUCGAGGAAGAAGCACGCAAGGCCGAGGAAGCCAAGCGCAAGGCCGAUGAAGACGCUCGCCAGGCCGAGGAAGAAGCCCGCAAAGCCGAAGAGGCACGUAUAGCGGAAGAAGCAAAGAACGCCGAGGAAGCCAGAUUAGCCGAAGAAGCCAGAAUAGCCGAAGAGGCGCGUUUGGCUGACGAGGCGAAAAAGGCUAAAAAAGCUAGGUUAGCUGAAGAAGCACGCUUAGCAGAAGAAGCUCGUCUAGCAGAAGAAGCCAAGGCUGAAGAGGCCCGAUUGGCGGAAGAAGCCCGGUUGGCCGAAGAAGCCCGUCUGGAAGAAGAGAGGCAAGCGGAGGCAAUGAGGCAGGAGGAACUCGCUCGCCUCGAAGAGCUGGAGAAACAAGCACAGGAUGAGCGAGAGGCAGAACUCGCGAGACAGGCGGCAGAGCUGGCGGAGAUCGCGAGACAAGAAUCAGAACUGGCAGCCGCCCGUUUGGAGGAGCUCUCACACAGCGGUUCCGCGGCUGAAGUACCCGAAGCUGAGGCCGAAUCCCAAGAGGAGGAGCCUGUUAUAGAAGAGCCCGAAUCCCCCACCGUGGACGAACACGCGCCCGCGGACGAAAACGCGCCCGCGGACGAACCCGCGCCCGCGGACGAACCCGCGCCCGCGGACGAGCCCGCCGAGGCCAGCGAAGACGAUGCGGCAGAACCUGACGUCACGGAUGAAGAAUAA